AUGUGCCAGCAGCUCUCCAAGAUGUACGCCAAGUACGAGAAGAAGCUCGCCGAGGCCAAGAAGAAGAAUGACGGCUGGUCCGACGACGACGACGCGCCCGCCGACGACUGGGACGACGCGCCCAAGCCCGCGCGCCGCGCCAAGAAGCCCGUCGACGACGCCGAGCCCGCCGUCCAGGUGCGUUCCACGCGCCGCCGCCCCGCGCGCGACGCCGAGGACCGCGCGCCCGAGCCGGAGAAGGCCAAGCCCGCUUCUUCCUCCUCCGCCACCGAGGAUCUGCUCGGCCUCGGGCUCUGGGACGAAACGCCCGCGCAGCCGGCGCAGCCCGCGCAGCAGGCGAAGCCGAGCCGCAAGCCGGCGGCGGACGACUGGGGCUUCGACGAGGACGCGCCGGCGCAGCCCGCGGCGCGGAGAGCGAAGAAGGUGUCCAUCGACGAUCUGUUCGAGGACGCGGAGGAGGAGGCGGAGCCCGCGCCCGCGCCGCGAAGAGCGAAGAAACCGAGCAUGGACGAUCUCUUCGAGGAGGACGACGCGCCCAAAGCGGCGCCUCGUCGAGCCAAGAAGUCCACGAUGGACGAUCUGUUCGACGAGGACGACGCGCCCGCGCCGCGCAGAGCGCGCAAGCCCGCGUCGGAGGACUGGGACGACGAGCCGAAGCCCCGCGCCGCGCCGCGCAGGGCGAAGAAACCCAGCAUGGACGAUCUCUUCGACGACGAGCCCGCGGCUGCGCCCGCGCCGCGACGAGCCCGCAAGCCCACGUCGGAGGACUGGGAUGACGAGCCCGCGCCCGCGCCCGCGCCGCGAAGAGCGAAGAAGCCCGCGGAGGAUGAUUGGGGCUUUGACGAUGAGCCCGCUCCCGCGCCGCGAAGAGCGCCCAGACAGGCUGCUGCACCCGCUCCUGUGGAAAGUGCCCCGGUAGAUCCGUUCGCUUCGAUGGAUUUCGAUUUCACGAAACAAAAUUUGUCUCCUUCUGCCCCUACCUCUGCUAGUGCUCCUGCUGCGAAGAAAGAUGCGUUUGACGAUCUGUUCUCCUUGUAAAGCCCGAUUGUAUUCUGA